CGUCUGUGAUAUGUUGUCAGUAAACACACAAUAAAAACACCAUGUCUCGCUCAUCGAUUUCCCACCCGCCAGAGGAGAUCGAGCGUCGCCUCAACGAACACUGUAUCACCGGGUUGUUCGUGUGACGCAAUCAUCCUGAAUAAGGAUCUAUGCCUCUUUCAGAUCCAGUGCUAGACACUGACCACAAGCCCAACAGAUGUGCUGCCGGUGUGACAGAAUGGAAUACAGCAUGAAGACAGGAUAAGACGGGUCACGCAAUCAAUAUGGCGGACAAGAUGACGGAGGCGGAGCUCAAUGAGUACGUGUCGACCUUCGAGGAGACGCUGCAACGCUUCACGGGACUCUCAUCAGAGGAGAUCUGGGAGCUUCAGCGUAUCCUGUUGCGGCGCGUGAGAUUCAAGGUAUCUGAGACUCUGUCACCGGAAGGGAAAGCUGCCAUGAAGCAAGUGAAGCAGGACAUGCUGGAGUUUGCCACGAAGAAGCGGGUGUCCUCAGCUACCCUCGUUACUGAAGUGUUCGACCUCGGCAGCAAACAGACAGAGGACACUCCACGGAAGAAGGAGAAAUCGGACAUUGUACUUGUUGUAGCAGACGACACUGAGAUGGCAGCAGACGAUACUAACAAAGCAACAGAUAAGGCAGCAGACGAUACCAACAAAGCAACAGAUGAUAAGGCAGCAGAUACUACGGAUUCCACACCAGUGGAAACGAUGGUUGAUGAAGAAACCAAAGAAGACAUCAAUGCUAAAGAGACAGAGAAGAAUCGUAAAGCAGCAGAUGGUUCUGUCAAAGAGGCAGACGAAAAUACCAAACAGGUCAAAGAAAGCAUUGAUCAAAUUGCUAAUGAUGAAAGUGGACCGAAGGAUGCACCCACAGAUAGUGUGAGAGAAGGUUCCAUGAGUUCAAACCAGGACACCCAGCCCCAGCUUGGCCCUGAAGAGAAUGGCGGCAGUGAAACGGUUGCAGAAAGAGGAGAAACCAGCUCUGGGGUACCUCAAACAGGCAUAGGGAACGAUGUUGACUCUCCAAGUGAUGUGACUGGUUCUUCUAAUGUUGAAAGUGAGUCCCACGAAGGUCAAAGUCAAGGUCAAGAACGAAAGGGCAGCCAGGACACGAACAAUGAACAGUCGUCACAAUCUGCUGAGAAGUCGGAGACAGAGACGCCCACUUCUUUACCCUCUUGAACUUUGGAGUAUUUAAAAUUUGUGAUGGAUGGUCAAAUUCGUCCUAUGUAUUGUGAUCUGCAGUGGGCGCGGGUCGCAGCAGAACUGUUCUUACAGAUACGAAAACUUUAAUUGUGAAAGACCUAUACUGUCUCAUCUGGUUACCAUGGCAAUCUCGCCUUCCGGGAGAAAUUGUUUCAUCUUUGAGAUUCAUUAUUGUGGACGCACAUAAUCACGCCUGUUUUGUAAUCAGUAGUUAGACUUUACAUUAUUGAAUGCACAUUUAAAUAUGGCAAUAGUUCAUUGAUGUUUAUAAAUUAACAAGUUUAAUCUGGACAAUUUUGUUAGCAAACAUGCCCCCGGAGUAUCGAGAGUUGCAUGAAUACAUGUACACAGUCACAUCUAGCUAUAGUAUAAACUUUGUUAUACACUGAGUAUAGUCAGUCAAUCCUGCACUAAAUAUAUCCUAAUAUUUAUUCUAGAGCAAAUGUGAUUAUGAUUGAUAACUACAAUAUGUCCAAAAUAUGGCAGUAUAUAUCAUGUAGCAAAUGUACACGUCGAUGGUUACUCUGUAUAUAAGUUAGCUGAGCCACAGUUUUGAGAUUCGUGACUGUCCAGAUAAGAUAAUUAAACAAAUGAAGCAUCUCACAUGUAAGUGGGCUAACUUCAUGUACAUGUGUGUCCCAUGCAUGCAUGAGAUCACCGUAUGUUGCCCUUCUGACACAUGUUACUUUCUGUGAAAAAUAUCACUUCCCAAGGAACAUUUUACCUUUUCUACAAAUGUUUUCUUCUGGGUAAAUGUAAUUUUAUCUUUCUUGGAAAAUAUUACCUUUCUGAAAAAGAUAUUUCCUUUCAAGGAAUAUGUUACCUUUCUGGAAACGGUACAUUAGAAAUAUGAUGACCGACCAUCAACGUUCAUGAGAUUUCCAAGAGAAUUUGCAUCGUGGCAACAUGUUUAUGUAUCUAAUGCUGUGUAGUAUUGUAACAUCAGAAGAUACAUCGCACGAUACGACUGUUAGACAUAAGAAUAUAUCGAGAUAAGGCAAUAUGGGUGAGAUAUAUAACAUAAUUUGUUUAAGUUUAAGAAGUAUCGUGACGUCAACGAUAACAUGACGCCAUCAAAGAAUGCCCGUCCAGUUGUUUACGUCAUACUGUUUCUGUCUAUGUGAAAUCAUAUACCAUACGUUAUGUAUAAAUAAUAAAUACACAUAUUUACCCAA